ACAACCAUUACAUAUCUUACAAAAAGAGCCACUUUUCUCAACUUAUCUAAUCAGUCUCGAAAUUAUCAAUACAAUUUUGCGUUAUCUCUGAGUUUGGUAUUUUUGUCUUUAAAAGUGACACGUUGAGAUCAAAUCGGUUUUUUUCAUAAAAAAUAAAGGUGAUUUAAUGUGAUAUAAAGAUGUGCAAUAUAAAAAUGUAUAUUCGCAAAAGGUGUUUUUAUUAAUACUUCAGGAUGUAUUUUUUAGAAGAGUUAAAAAAAUGCAUAUAAUUGACCCGUAUUUAUAUAAAAUCUUUAAAAAAUUUAUGAAUAAGUUUUUAUAACGUUUUUAUAUAGCCACAAAUAAAGAUUUUUGUAUGUGAGAUCUGCUUAGUAAGAGGGAAGUAGCGUUGCAAUUAAAUUUGUAAAAAAAGAGAUGAAAUAAAAUUCUCGAUCGGUCACCGAUUUGACAUUUCUAUAUCAGCUGUUACAUUCAAUAUGGCUGCUUGCAAGAUGCGUUUUCUCCGAAAAUAUUCAAGAAACGCCUACGGUAGGAUAAAUGCAUAACUACAUACACGGUGUGAAUACUGUUAAAGGAUUAUAUAAAUUGACAUUCGUGAGAAUUGUAUCAGCCUCGCUAUGGCCGGGAACGGAGAAGUGUUGGAAGGAUUUAUAUGUCCUAUAUGCAUGAACGAUUUCAAGACACCCAGUCAUUUAACGAAGCAUUUCGAAAAAGUUCACAAUGAUGAUCCUGAGAUUUUAAAAUCGUUAAAAGAUUUGUUUGGUAAAGCCAAAGAGAAAAUUUUGAAGCAAGAAGAUAUAUCAGGAACUUUUUCAAACGCAAUAUCAGAGAGAAAGAGUCUGGAAAUUAAUUGGGGACCACAAGAAACAGGUACAAUUACAUCCCAUACUAAAUAUUUUAAAGACGUAAGAAACGCUCGAUUGGAGAGAUACGCAUAUGAAACAAAUAAACUUCUUAUAAGGUUAGAUAAAUUACUAAAUAAUUUGCCAUCAGAUCCUAUUGAAAGAAAAGCUCAUGAACGCACUAUUGUACCAUGGAUUGAUGAAAAAGAUGUGAAAUUGUGUCCUAAUUGCGCCAAGAGUUUUCAUCUGGCAAGACGAAAACAUCAUUGUAGACUAUGUGGAGCAGUCAUGUGCCAUAAUUGUACAGUAUUUCUAUCCCUAGUCGAAGCAAGAAAAAUGACCAGUCAUGUAUCUGUGCAAGACGAUUCCGCUUUGUCUUCUAAAUCAGAAAGAGUAUUUCCCGAGAGAAUAGUACGUGUAGGCGUAGGUCUCACUAAGCUAGCGCGCUCGCCAUCGAACGGUAGCUUAAAUAGUGUUUUAUCGUUGGUGAAUGAUCCGAUCAGCGGUGAUCAGCACUUCAGAGUUUGCAACCACUGUAUAAACUUGCUCGAUGCAAGGGAAAUGCAAAAAGCGAGACAAUUCGAUAAACCGAUUGUCUGCGAGUUUUACGAAAAAAUGCGGGGAUACAUGAAUGAAGCUUCGCAGCAUUCAGCAAUGUACAAAAAGAUGUGGGAGUCAAUAAAAGAAGGAGAGACCACGUACGAUCUGGAAGAUGCGCAGGCAUUACGAGGCAAGCUAGCAAAACUGGGUGAAAACAUAGAUGCAACAAGCAAAAAGAUUCUUAUUCUUGGUACAAAACAAAAUACCGCAGAGGAGUCACAGGCGAUGGAGGGACAAGAAGCAAGGCUAUAUCAGAUGGUUAGAACGUCGGCGAUGAUAUUUCUGAAGGAGGAGUUAUUAAUUUUACAACCCCUGCCUUCAGCGGAAGAAUAUGCAGUUUUACAAGAAGAGCGCCGAAAAAGAAUAGAAGCCCGAGUAGCGUACGAACAACAAUUAGAAGAAGAGCAACGGGAGAAGCUGAAAGAACAACGCAAGAAAGAUACGUGGAAUGUAGAUAGUAGUUCUUCUGUGAGAGUUUGUCAGGCACAAACAGUGGUGACUCAGUCUCAAGGCUGGGGUCCAUCAUCUAACGUUGCACCCAUAAUGUCUUCUUCUAUGGAUCCGAUAAUUGAACAAAUGAGCAAUCUUCGCGCAUACAUUAAACAAGCUCGCGCCGACUGCAAGUAUGACGAAGUUGCGACAUUAGAGAGUAAUCUUCGAGAGCUUCAAAGUGCCUACUUCGCUAUGAAACAAAGCAACAGUAGCGACGGAUAAAGCGCAGCAUACCGGCAACAUGUAGCGUACAUAUAAACUGUUCAACAAGUUCUUUUUAUAGUGAGAUUGCUGUUUUCCUAUUGGUUUCCAAAUAGAUAUUUAAUAUACACACAUCCUCUUGUACUAUUUAAUAAGUUCUCUUAUUGUAUCAAGAAACAGCUUUAAUAUAUAUACUUGUGCAUUAUACGUAUAAUGCACAGACUAUAUAAA